AUGUCAAGAUUCCUGCAUGUAAGUAGAGCUGAUGUAGGUUUACCCUUUGUGGUCCUUUAUUUGUUGGAUGUGUCGAGACUUACAGAGACAGUGAAAGGUUCAGAUCUGUGCAUAUUUACUCUUGUGGAGUCAGUACCUGAUAACUUGACCUACUCUGAAGGUCCUUCCCUGAUGUCCACCUACGAGGCGCAUAAACGGCUGUUGGACAGGGCAAAGCAGAAGAUACAUCUGGCUAGUUUUUACUGGUCGUUGACUGAUGUGGACAUUCACUGCCCUGACAAUAGUUCCUUCCAGGGACAGGACAUUUUCCAGCGCCUGCUGGACUUGGUCAAGGCUGGACAAGUGGAUGUGAAGAUGGCGCAGAACAACACCAAUAAUGACACUGAUGAACUAGCUAAAUAUGGCGCUGGGGUUCGAACUGUGGACUUUCCCCGCCUGGAGCAUGCAGGCGUGAUGCAUACCAAAAUGUGGAUCAUUGAUGAGUCUCAUGUGUACAUCGGCAGUGGGAACUUCGACUGGCGCUCGUACACACAGACUAAAGAGCUGGGAGUGCUCAUAGAAGACUGUCCAUGUCUGGGAGCUGAUGCAGAAAAGUUAUUUGAGGUGUAUUGGUAUCUGGGCUCCCCCAAUGCAACAAUUCCAGACCAGUGGCCGGAUGAAUACACAACAGGAAUCAAUAUCUCUUCACCCCUGCUGGUUCAUUACAACAACACAGAGGCACAUGUCUACUUUUCUAGCUCUCCGCCAUCCUUCUGCCCCAGUGGUCGAGCCAACGACAUAGAUGCCAUCCUGAAUGUCAUCAGGUCCGCCAAGAAGUUCAUCUAUAUUUCUGUAAUGGAUUAUUACCCCUUGGUCAUUUAUUCUGUUAAUAAAACGUACUGGUCCUUGAUUGAUGAUGCACUCCGGGAAGCAGCAGUUGAUCGUCAUGUCCGGGUCUACCUCAUGGCCAGCAACUGGAGCCACACAGAAUCCUACAUGAUCCCAUUCCUCAAGUCCCUCUAUAUAUUAAACAGGACACCUCAUCUACGUGUAAACAUACAAGUGAAACUGUUCACUGUACAGUCAACCCCGGCUCAGCAGACGAUUCCGUACGCUCGAGUCAACCACAGCAAAUACAUGGUAACAGACCAGCAUGCCUAUAUAGGCACAUCCAAUUGGGCGGGGGAUUACUUCAAGUAUACUGGAGGUGUUGGGUUUAUUCUGGAACAGCCUGACACUGGCACCAAUGGGACCAAUCUUCGACGGCAGCUGGUGCAUACAUUCCUGCAGGACUGGCACUCACAGUAUGCACAAUAUGUCCUCUAA